AUUUUAUUAGAGGAUAUUAAAGUUAUCAAAAUUAUUUCUUGAAGAUUUACAGAAUGGGUCAAAAUCAAUCGGGAAACUUAGGAAAUAAUGAUAAAAAAGACGAUAAAGCAAAAAGAAGAAAAUUUGAACCACUUUUACCAACUAGAGUCGGAAAAAGAAGAAAGAGAGUCAAAGGACCUGAUGCUGCUAAUAAAUUACCCACUGUAAUACCUUAUGCAAGAUGCAAAUUGAAAUUAUUGAGAAUGGAAAGGAUAAUGGAUUAUUUGCUGAUUGAAGAAGAGUUCAUAAGAAAUCAAGAGAGGCUUAAGCCUCAAGAUGAAAGACAAGAGGAGGAACGUUCUCGUGUUGAUGAUUUGAGAGGGACACCAAUGUCUGUUGGAACUUUAGAAGAAAUUAUUGAUGAUAAUCAUGUCAUUGUAUCCACAUCUGUAGGCAGUGAACACUAUGUUACAAUUUUAUCUUUUGUUGAUAAAGAUCAGUUAGAACCUGGUUGUUCAGUUUUACUAAACCAUAAAAUUCAUGCUGUUGUAGGAGUUUUAAAUGAUGAUACAGAUAAUUUAGUAAGUGUUAUGAAAUUAGAAAAAGCUCCACAAGAAACUUAUGCAGAUAUAGGUGGACUUGAUGCCCAAAUUCAAGAAAUUAAAGAAUCUGUAGAGUUGCCAUUAACCCAUCCUGAAUAUUAUGAAGAAAUGGGCAUUAGACCACCAAAGGGUGUGAUCUUAUAUGGACCUCCUGGAACAGGAAAGACAUUACUGGCACGCGCUGUAGCAAAUCAAACAUCGGCCACAUUUUUAAGGGUUGUUGGUUCGGAACUCAUUCAAAAAUAUCUGGGCGAUGGUCCUAAGUUAGUCAGAGAAUUAUUUAGGAUGGCAGAGGAAAAUGCACCGUCCAUCGUUUUUAUCGAUGAAAUUGAUGCUGUUGGUACUAAAAGAUAUGAAUCUAAUUGUGGUGGUGAAAGGGAAAUUCAAAGAACUAUGUUGGAACUAUUGAAUCAGUUGGAUGGAUUUGACUCCAGGGGCGACGUUAAAGUGAUAAUGGCAACAAACAGAAUAGAAACUUUAGAUCCUGCACUUCUGAGACCUGGUAGGAUUGAUAGAAAAAUAGAGUUCCCAGUUCCAGACGAAAAGACUAAGAAAAGGAUAUUCAACAUCCACACAAGUCGAAUGACUUUGGCUCAAAAUGUUAAUUUAGAGGAAUUGGUAACUGCCAAGGAUGACUUAUCUGGGGCCGAUAUUAAGGCGAUAUGCACUGAAGCUGGGCUACUAGCUCUACGCGAACGAAGAAUGAAAGUAACCAACGAAGAUUUUCAAAAAUCGAAAGAAAACGUUCUAUAUAGAAAAAACGAGGGAACCCCCGAAGGAUUAUAUCUUUAGUGAAAUUUUAAAUUAUUUUUAUCAUUUGUUUUUUUAUAUACAAUAUGAUGUAAAAAUUAAAUCGAUUUACAAAUUAAAUUUUUUUUAUUGGUUUAUUAUAUAUUUAAAU